AGUAUCACGAAAGCAGGACUUCGUGUCUGAGACUCGAUUGCUCAAGUCUCAAUUCUGAGGAGCUUUUUUUCGAUACCGGCAUCUUUUUUUUUCUUCUCUCUCCCCUUCGUCUCGCUUUUAUUUCUCUUCUUGACCUCGGUAUAAAGCACGGCACAAUGACCGGAGAUCACGGACACCACCAGGUGGAGUCUGGCUCUCGACUAAACGAUUCCCACAAACAUAAAGACAAGCAUAAAGACAAAGAGCACAGGCACAAAGACCAUAAGAAAGACAAAGAGCGUGAAAAGUCCAAGUACACUAACAGUGAGCACAGAGACUCGUCUGAGAAGAAGCACAAGGACCGCGAGAAAGAGCGAGUGAAACACAGGGAGGACAGCAGCGAGAGACACAAGGAAAAGAAGAGAGAGGAGAAGAUUAAAUCCCACAGCUCUAACGGGAAGCAUAAGCGAGAGAAGGAGAACGGCUACGUCAGUCACAUAAAAACGGAGCCGGACAGCCUCUUCUUUCCGAAGCCAGAGAAGACGGUGAAGAGAGAGAGAGACGAUGAUGAGUUCGAGUACAAACCCAAAAAGAUCAAAGUGGAGAAGGAGAAUAAGGUGAAAAAACGAAAGCAGGAGGAAGACUACGAUGACUACGAAGAGGAAGAGGACAUUAAGCCGAAAAAGAAAUCGAAAGUUAAGAAAGAAGAUUCGACUGGAGGGAAGAAGAAGGGAAAGAAGGAGCCGGAGGAGAAAUGGAAAUGGUGGGAGGAAGAGAGAUACACAGACGGCUCCAAAUGGAGGUUCCUGGAACAUAAAGGUCCCGUCUUCGCUCCUCCGUACGAGCGACUUCCGGAAAACGUCCGGUUUUAUUACGACGGAAAGCCCAUGAAGCUGAGCGAGUCAGCAGAGGAAGUGGCAACCUUCUUCGCCAAAAUGCUUGACCACGAAUACACAACCAAGGAUAUAUUUAGGAAAAACUUCUUCAAAGACUGGAGGAGGGAAAUGACCUCGGAGGAGAAGUCCAGGAUUUCUGAUCUGAAUAAAUGUAACUUCAUCGAGAUGAGCGAAUACUUUAAAGCGCAAUCUGAGGCUCGGAAACAGAUGACGAAGGAAGAGAAACUGAAAAUCAAAGAAGAGAACGAGCGGUUGGUGGGAGAGUACGGCUUCUGUCUGAUGGACAACCACAAAGAGCGCAUCGGAAACUUCCGGAUCGAGCCCCCAGGCCUUUUCCGAGGUCGAGGAGACCACCCGAAGAUGGGCAUGCUGAAGCGGCGCAUUCGCCCCGAGGACGUCAUCAUCAACUGCAGCAAGGACUCGAAGCAUCCCAAACCUCCUCCAGGUUCAAAGUGGAAAGAGGUUCGUCAUGAUAACAAAGUGACAUGGCUGGCAUCGUGGACAGAGAACAUCCAAGGCUCCAUUAAGUACAUCAUGCUGAAUCCCAGCUCGCGGAUCAAGGGAGAGAAAGACUGGCAGAAGUACGAGACGGCGCGCAGGCUGAAGAAGUGCGUGGAGAAAAUUCGAUCACAGUACCGUGAAGACUGGAAGAGUAAAGAGAUGCGAAUCAGACAGAGAGCCGUCGCUCUGUACUUCAUCGAUAAGUUGGCUCUGAGGGCAGGUAAUGAGAAGGAGGAGGGGGAAAGUGCUGACACUGUGGGCUGCUGCUCUCUGCGGGUGGAGCAUGUGAACCUUCACCCUGAGAUGGACGGUCAGGAGUACGUGGUGGAGCUCGACUUCCUGGGAAAAGACUCCAUCCGCUACUACAACAAGAUCCCUGUGGAGAAGAGGGUCUUUAAAAACCUGCAGUUGUUCCUGGAGAACAAGCAGCCGGAGGACGACGUCUUUGACAGACUCAACACGUCCAUUUUGAACAAACAUCUCCAGGAGCUGAUGGACGGAUUAACGGCCAAAGUGUUUCGUACCUACAACGCCUCCAUCACCUUACAGCAGCAGCUCAAAGAGCUCACUAACCCUGAAGAUAACGUCCCAGCGAAGAUCCUGUCCUAUAACAGAGCUAACCGUGCUGUUGCGAUCCUGUGUAACCACCAGAGGGCGCCGCCCAAAACCUUUGAGAAGUCCAUGCAGAACCUGCAGGCCAAAAUCGAUGCGAAAAAGGAGCAGCUUUCUGCAGCCAAGAAAGAGCUGAAGUCGGCCAAAGCAGAUGCCAAGGCCAUGCACGACGAGAAGAGCAAAAAGGCUGUGGAGACGAAGAAGAAGGCGGUCCAGAGGCUGUCUGAGCAGCUGAUGAAGCUGGAGGUGCAGGCCACCGACCGCGAGGAGAACAAACAGAUCGCUUUGGGAACUUCCAAGCUCAACUACCUGGAUCCACGCAUCUCUGUCACCUGGUGUAAAAAAUGGGGAAUCCCCAUCGAAAAGAUCUACAAUAAAACACAGCGGGAGAAGUUCGCCUGGGCCAUCGACAUGGCCGACAACGACUACGAGUUUUAAAGAAACAAAAUGCGGCGUUUUGCAACUUUACAAGGGUUAGCGUUUGUCCAUCGAAUCCACCGUGUGUCUGACCGCGUAAAAGCAACGUGAGGAAACAAAACUGGACUUUUUUUAAAACACACACACAAGAAAUUCCCUAGAAACAAUCCAGCCGACGAAACGACGAGUCCGAGACCCGAGCGUGGAACCCUGAGGAGAACCGCGGCCACUUCGCUCACACGCACACACACACACACACUCGCUUCUGGGGUUUUUAAGCAUCUUGGUCAGGUUUUAGCCGUCUGCUUUAUCGAUGAAUUCUAUAUUUUAAUAUAAGAAAUAAAUCAGAGUUGUUUUAAGAGGCACGUCGGGAACCGAGCUACGGAAAGCCAUUCGGGAAAAAACGCCAGUGUUUUUAAACUCCAGCAAGACAAAAUUGACCACGUAACCGAAUCUGUCACCCAGGGAUGCACCAGUCCAGUGUUUUUAACUUUUAAUCACCGCUCCGAGAAUCGCCCCAGACUACACCCCCCCCACCCCACCCACCCCUACUGAGCCCAUCACAUUUAUUAAGCAGUAUAAUUGUCUUUUUUUUUCUUCCUUUAUUGUGAGUCACUGAGCCAGAAGAAUAACACGAAGUGAUGAGAAUCUCCAAACACACCACGAGCCGAUUUAAUACCAUUAGGAAAUGAUUCAUUAAUAGUCUUUA